AUGUCAUCCGCUGCAGAUCUUCCGGCACAGGAUCUUGUGAUCUACUCCGAUGGUUCUAUAACUCCACAAUCAAGUGUAGCAUUAGGCAAAGAGUACACCUUCAGUUUGCUGCUCUAUACAGAGUUCACAAAAUGCACGUGGUUUGAGGUUGCAUUGAUACAAAGCAGUAUGCUAGACAAGUGUUAUAUAAAUUCAACCACACAAAAUCAAGAUAAUUAUAGCUUACGAAACUCAAAAUCUAACGUACUUUUUGCAUCAUUUGGAAACGGUUCUGAGGUCUACGCUAAGCAGUUCCAAAAAUAUGUCAAAGCUGAUAUAACAGCUGUGAACGGAGUUUUCAAAUUUGUAACAUUUUUGGAAGAGGAUAUUGACAAAUGGUUUGAUAUAUUGUGGACGGAAGCAGAAAGGUUGACUCAGGAUAAAACUAAAAUAUUGAACAUUUUUAUAGAAGAUCCACAGCUUUUUCUAUUUAUGAAAGACUGUGACGAAGAUGAUGUUAUUAGCAAAUUGGCAAAACUUAACAGAAUUGGUAAUGUCUAUAUUAUUGCCCCCUCUGACAAAAGUUUGAUUCAGCCUUCAGAACUACCCAACGAUUUGGCUACAAUAUACACCAGCUUUAUUUUCAAGUUGCUUCAUAGAUCUAAUCUUAUAGUAAGAUUGCAGCCAUUGAAGACAGGCAGGGCUGAUGAUAUCACAGGUGAACUUGUUAUUAAUAAAGGAUUGGUCGACCAUACAAAACUUCAAGUCUUAGAAAGGGAAUAUUUGUACGUGAUAGGGAAAGAGGGAUCUGUCAAAUUGUUCUAUCGUUAG